UUACACUCUUUAAUUAUUUAUUUCCUCAAGUCAAAGUAAACGGGUGGGACGUGUGAUUAUUAGUUACGCUUCUUUUUUUUCUUCGAGUACUUGCGAUAUCCGAAUUUAAUUAAAAAUCGUAGCUGCCAGCGGUUGCAAAAUAUCAUCGACGUUGCGUUAUCGAGAAAUAUCUGGAAGAUGCUUUAAUCAAAUGCUUGACGUCUGUUCACCUGCCGAUAUGGCGUUGAUCUUCGAAUAUCAAGAUAUCCACGUGAUCGCAGAUAGAACUGUCCCUUUCCGCCUUAAAUAAAUCAUCUGACGAGAAGCGAGUCCGCCAUACUCUCGAUCAUUUCGAACGAGAUCAAUCUCUGUACCUCGCGAAGAAGAGACCGACAAGCAGGCUGAGAGAGGGAAGAGGAGAAGGGCGCAGUAGAUCGCGUUGUACAGCCCUGAUCUUUGGAGCUUCGAGUUGGUACGGUUGUGUUGGUGUUGUCGAGUUUUGCGCAAGUACGUAGAAGAUAUCACAAUGACGACAGAGUCGCGGCGAGUAUCACCGGUUGGCAUCUGCCACGUGAAUGGCGUAUGAUUCUCGGACGAUGUGAUAAUACGAAAACAGCGGCUCGUGGACGAUCACGAGACGAAUGAUGUUUCGAUCGACGGGAGAUUAUUCGCGAUAUCAGAACUCAGCACAUGCGGAACCCAACGACCCGCCUUUUGAAUCUUACCAAGCUUGUGUAAACGUUUCGAAAUGGCUUGUUGGGUCACUGCAAGUGCAUUUGCAAGCUCUGAUUGAGUUUGGAUUAGCUCUCGAGAGCGACUGACUGAUUGGUUACCCACGAAGAUCUCUCUCCGUCCAAGGACCCGUCGCAGCCGACACUGCGAAGAAACGACACUGCGCGGGCCCGAUAGCACAAGUGAUAUUUCUAACUAUAGUUAACGUACGUAGAGCUUAGAGGAGCCAAACCGUCGUGUGAAACCGUCUCGUACCUUAUGUAUACAUACAUAUACAAGCGCACGUAUACCAUCCGAUGACGGUACUCAAUCUGAUAUCCAGUGUUAAGUACAAGUGACGCGAAGUGUGUUCAACGCGAAAUCAUAUUGCGAAUUCGCGAGUCACAGAAGGGACACCAAGGAGAUACCAUCAGUAGUGAAUCUGUGCAUAUAUCGGGUGUACCGUGCGCGCACGCGAUACUCGUGUAACAGCUCGGUGUGUCGAGACGGCGCAACAUGAGAGUGGCCAGACAGCAUCCACUGCAUCUGCAAGCGCGCGCCAACAAUGGUAAAUUCUUGGUCAGCCCGAACAGUCAAGAUAUUCAUCAUCAGCAGCAGCCGACCAGCGACGAGACCAGCACGGUGUCGACGGUGGUUUUUCCGAGCUGCGAACCGGUGCCCCACGACCUUCACGGUGGACCGACCAUACUAGGGGAUCGAUUUCUACUUCUUGGUCCGGCAGAGGGUAGCGCUCUUUAUCGUUGCUUAGAUGUACAGAGCGGUCAGCAACUCGUUGCCAAGGCGUUGACCGUGGGCGACAAAGGUUGCGAGGCGUUGCUGCAGGCCCACCUUCGUCUGGAGGGCACCGGCGCUGCGAGUGGUGUAGCCGGUGUCGUGGAGGCGCCCGGAGGCCGGCGCUAUCUCCUCUUGGAGGGCCAUCACGGCGACUUGCACGCCUACGUAAGGGCACGCAGGAGAUUACGCGAGCCGGAGGCGAGGCGGCUCUUCCGGCAGGCUGCCAGGGCUGUGGCGAAGUGUCAUGAAUACGGGGUUGUGUUGAGGGAUCUCAAGCUCCGGAAGUUCGUUUUCGCUGACGAAGCGAGAACGCGGCUCCGCCUGGAGAGCCUGGAGGACGCGGUGAUCGUGGAGAACGACGACGACAAGUUGACCGACCGCAGGGGCUGUCCGGCUUACGUAGCGCCGGAAGUGCUGCGCUCGGGACGCGCCUAUUCCGGCAAGGCGGCGGACAUCUGGUCGCUGGGCGUGCUGCUCUACACAAUGCUCGUCGGCCGUUAUCCCUUCAACGAUGCCGAGCACGCGUCUCUCUUCGCCAAGAUCUCGCGUGGCCUGUUCGCGGUGCCGGAGGGCCUGAGUCCGCGCGCCAAGUGCCUGAUCCGUUCGCUGCUGAGGAAGGAGCCGUCCGAGCGGCCGUAUGCCGAGGACGUGCCGCUGCAUCCCUGGCUGUCGAAGCCGCUGCGGAUAUGCGCGGCCGGCAGGUCCUUCGCGUGCCAGGACCAAGUCGUACCAGAGCUACCUACCAAUCCUCGACAAGACUGACUCCCUCGUGGGAGGGGAAUUAUUAUUCCACGCGCAACCGCGUCGUCACUCCCGCAUCAUCAGCCUGGUGCUUUUUUUCUCAUGCCGACGGCCGCCGUCGGGUCGUCGCCGAGUCCUCCAGUCGAGAGGCGGUGGUCAUCAAAAGACGGAGGAGGAGCUGUAUGACUUUUUUCCUUCUCUCUUUUCCUCUCCCCUUUUUCUUCGUGUUUUUCUCGUUCUUUCCGCGACACAUUGGCUGUGUUCGCGCGGGGCAGCCAGCUGUCCCGCGUUACUCGCGUAUAGGAGAUAUCGGCGUCGUGUUAUUUUAUAUGUCACGUACGAGGCGCGAAAUGUGUGAAGAUCGCGUGAAUCUGUAUUCAAGGAAAUAACGUUCGAGCGAGAAAUUCGUAUUUAAAAGGGAAAAAGAAAAGGCAAAUUAAGGGCUGUGCGUACAUACCACGCAUAAAUGUAUGCACACCUCGGCGGUCAAUGUGUCUUAACGGCAGCUGAAUCACACACACAACAUACAUAUACGAACACAUAUACACUCACGCGCGCGCGUGCGUGCGCGCGCUUCACCCCAGAUUCGAGUUCGCGACUCGAGUCGCGAGAGUAGGAUUUCCAAACUGCGGAUUAUAAAAUAACAGUCGAUUCCCGAACCUCGCAUCGCAGACACGACGCGGCCAAGGAUGAUCCCGAUCCCUCUCCUUUUCGCCGGUGAAGACGGCCUAGAAUAUAAGAUAGCAAGUACUUCGAAGAUAGCAAGUACCAAUACACAAUCGGAUGAGAGUAAUAAUCGUUCUCGGUGGAAUUAAUGCGGAGGAGAGCGCACCAAAGUCUGUCCUAGGCCCCCCCUCCUCCCCGUGGUUGAUCUCCCUCUUGUUCAGCGUUGUACAAUUUGGCGUUGAAUGGCCAAAGCUCGAAUGAGGUCGAGUCCACUCUAGUCUUGAGACAACUCAAGGUCCGAGCGCUGAACGAUGAAAAUGAGUAAUUAAGAGGAGUUCUCCCUGAAGCGGUGGUCAUAACUUUGGUCAACUCUCCGCCAACAAUUUCGGAGGCAACCUGACGACGCAAGUGACGAUAUUAUACACUCUAUUGGCUAAAGCAUCGUAGAUUCGAGGAAACACCGCCGUUAUUGGGCCAAGCAAAAUCGCGUUCCCGCCUUGUUCGCUCUCGCACGCGAGUACACUCGCGCCGAGUACUCGCGAGUCCCUUUUGUGAUAGAAUCCAGCGAAUUCUAAGCGACAAAUGUGAUACAUAAAUUACGAUACAGGUUGUUUCGCAAACGAGCGGAUUACUUGCGGUCAUCUGUCUCUGAAGUCCAUGUACGUUAAUUGUUGUCGUUAAAAACGAUCGAAUUCGAUGUUUGUAUUUGCGCGUUAGGCAUACAUCCUCGACUUUCUCGAUAUUUCGCGUUUGCGUCGCAUCUAUACGAUGAUUUUUACGCUAUACUAUAUAGAGAUAUAUACAUAUAUACACAUACAGUUGAUCCAUGUAUAUACGAAGCGAACAGCGUGUGUAAAUUUACCUGAAACGAGAGAGAACUGGAACGGUAAUGUAAAUUCAAGUAGAACCGGUGAGCUUUAUACGUAUAGCAAAAGUACAUAAUAUAAAGCGACCGAAUAAACGGGCGACACCGAGGUCGAGACGGAUUCGCACGUUUCGGGAAAGAGAAAAACACAUAAUGACUCAGCACGAGAGAAGGUAAUUGCUUAAUGACGAGCAGGUGUUACUAGAGCAAAUCGAACGAGCUGAUGAACAAAGAGUUUCUAAUCCUAAAAUCCGACUCUCGCCUCGUUCCCGUUUUGCCUGUCAUCAUUGUAUAUCGGAACGUCAAUCAAAUUUAUCUAGACGGGCGACAUCGAAGAAGAAGAAGAAGGGACAUUUCUCGUCUUGCACUCGGCAACGCGUUCUCCUGUUCUCCCGACCUGAAAACAUUGCCUAGAAAGUUCAAGACUGCUUGGACAUGUGGCCUAUGUAAUUAACUCUAUUAGAGAAAACCGAAACGUCGAUCACGCUGAAUUUCUAACUUAAGAACAAUAAAAGAAUACGCUUCCUGGAUCGCUCGGAACGAGCAAUGAGCGUCCAUGAAUAUAAAUGUGUUCAUUGAGGGCGAUGUUUUCAGGUGGAGUGCUCUUCUAAUAGUAAAAUAAGAAAAAAAUAAAUCAACCGAAGGACAAGAAUACCUUCUUCUGAUUAUCAGACCUCUGAGAUCAUCGCUUGAGCGAUAUAUACACAUACACAAUCACACACACAGCUCACUAGGUAGGAAUAUCGACUAGCUGGUCGAUGCGAUCGAGUUGCCUCGGUACGAUUCCGAUUUCGGCGAAUCGAAGCGUUCUUUUAUUCGAACGACUUCGUCGGGACUUUCGGUUUGUAACGCACGAACUCAAAGAAGGCAAAAAAGUGCAAAGACGCUACAGCGUUAUCGAUCGAAACGAAAUCACGACUUGAUCUUUAACUCGAUCCCUCAUGUUCGACGAAAGUACCAUGUGUUCUUAUAUUUCAAGGUAUUUUAUCUACAUAUUUACCUACCGACCGACCGACCGAUCUACCCACCCACCUACCUACCCUAUCUACCUAUUUACGUGAGCUCUUUUGUAACUUCCGCGAGAGUUAAAAUAUAAGAGAGAGACUUUUUCCUUUUUAUUUUAUAAUCCAUGAAGCCGAGUAGUACCGGGCUGCCACAGUUCUACGAUUCCUCUCGUAUCAUUUUUUUUCAGUCAGGGUACCAACGCGCUGCGCGCGUUUCAACGUUUCAACCAUGUAUAUACGUUCGACAUGAUUAAAUCCCCAUCAUUUAAAUCAUUAGGUGCAAUAAGGGAAUAUCAUCAUGUACAUAUAGGCAAAAUAAAGUGACGUUUGUGACGGA